AUCGCGCUGAAUUUACGAAAAUGCGACGCAUUACUGCUUUACUAGGCGCUUUUUUGGUCGUUUACGUCGAAACAGCUAAACUGCCAAGCUACUUUCCAAUAUGUUACCAAGACGACCAGAAAAUAAGCGAGUGCUUUAUAAACGCCGCGAACAAUCUAAAUCAACAAGUCAGAAACGGGAUACCGGAAAUUGGUUUGCGGCCAUUGGACCCUUACGUGUGUCCCGAUUUUAACAUGACAAUCGAGUCACCCGUUAGCGAUUUUCAUGUCAUCACAAAUAGUUUUACCCUAUAUCGACUGUACAACUACCAAUUUGUUGAGGCGGAUGUUCGACCAAAAGAUGGCGUAAUAGGAGGUCGAGUCAUUCUACCUGAUCUAAGUGUAUGGACAAAUUUUAAAGUUGAGGGGCACGUGAUCAAUCUUUCAGUCGCCGGAGGCGGCGAACUGGAAAUGAACAAUACCGUCACAACUUGUGAUUUUCUCCUAAGCGAUUGGGACGUAAAGGGCAAUUGCAACGGGAUUAAGGUGGACGUCACCUGCAAGGUGCAUGACCUCAAACUGAACCUUACCGGACUGGUUAAUGGAGACGUGCUCAUCCCUAUUUUGAACAUGAAUUCUGAACUAAUUGCCUCGGAAAUUUCGCCCGCCUAUUCGCAACUUUUCCAGGAAAUAUUGAGGCCGUUCCUUAUUCGUUUGUGCAGAAAAUAUUCGAUCGAUGAAUUGUUUCCUCGGACCUCCUAAUUAAGUUGGUCUGUUCUUGAAAGUCACUCUCUACAUUGUAAUUAACGAACAUGUGUACAUAUAGAAGAAGACAUUAAAUUUUUAACGUUA